AUGCCAUCAUUUGUCGGUUCGAUUGACCAAGGUACCACCUCUUCUCGCUUCUUGAUCUUUGACGAGCAUGGCGGAUUGAUUACGUCCCAUCAGCUUGAAUUCGAUCAACAUUAUCCCCAACCAGGUUGGAUUGAACAAGACCCUAAAGACAUCUUACAAUCAGUAACUACUUGUAUUCAAGAAUGCACAAAGAAAUUCGAAGCUAAAGGGUUCUCUGUAAAGGACGUCAAAGCAAUUGGGAUUACUAAUCAACGCGAAACGACCCUGGUUUGGGAUAAAGUGACUGGAAAACCCCUUUACAAUGCCAUAGUUUGGGCUGAUACUCGUACUCAUAACUUGGUUCAUCGUUUGAUUAAUAAUUCUGAGGGUGGCAUCGAUGCGCUUAAGAAAAUAUGCGGCCUUCCGUUAACUACUUACUUCUCUGCUGUAAAGCUCAUAUGGAUGUUGGAAAACGUUCCUGCAGUCAAGGAAGCUCAUGAGAAUGGCACAGCUUUGUUUGGAACUGUUGAUACAUGGCUCAUCUGGAAUCUGACAGGUGGCUUGGACGGCGGCUUGCACAUUACCGAUGUCACUAAUGCCUCACGCACUAUGUUCAUGGACAUACAUAAGCUAGAGUGGAGUGAUGAAUCGCUCGAAUUCUUUGGCGUCAAAAGCUCAAUCCUGCCACGCAUUGUAUCCUCUGCUGAGGUAUACGGCACUGUAAAAAUAUCAAGCCCGUUACAAGGCAUACCGGUUGCAGGAAUCCUUGGAGAUCAACAAGCUGCUCUUGUCGGCCAAAAGUGUUUUAAUAGAGGGGACGCAAAAAACACUUACGGUACCGGCUGUUUUAUGUUGUUUAAUACGGGCUCUGAUGUUGUUAUCUCAAAGUCCGGGUUACUUACUACAGUUGGCUACAAGUUUGGCAAACAGGCUACUGUGUACGCCUUAGAGGGCUCUAUUGCUGUAGCUGGUUCAGCUGUAAAGUGGGUUCGUGACAAUCUGGGCAUAAUUAACGAUACACCCGAAAUCAAUGUAUUGGCGUCAAAUGUCGAGGACACUGGUGGUGUUUAUUUUGUCACAGCAUUCUCGGGUCUCUUUGCGCCUUACUGGCGAGACGAUGCUCGGGGAUGCAUUGUAGGCAUCACACAAUAUACGAAUAAGAAUCACAUUGCGCGUGCAACUUUGGAAGCUGCUUGUUUCCAGACGCGAGCUAUUCUCGAUGCAAUGAACAAAGACUCGGGUCAUCCAAUAGCAUCUUUGAAAGUCGACGGUGGAUUGAGUAACUCUGAUAUUUGCAUGCAGAUACAGGCCGACGUUCUAGGCAUCGAAGUAGAUCGUCCGGCGAUGCGUGAAACUACCGCACUGGGUGCAGCAAUUGCGGCUGGACACGCUGUUGGGAUAUGGAAAUCGCUGAGUGAAUUGGAUAGUGUUAAUGCCGAAAAUAGAACCGUAUUUUCUCCUAAAUUUGAUAAGGAGCAACGUGAAACAAAGUAUAAGGAGUGGGAGAAAGCGGUUGAGAAAAGCUUGAAUUGGGUUUAG